AUGGACCCUCCGCCCAGACACAGCAGACGGAGCCGGAGAGAGGAAGACGCCCCAGAGCCUGCCGACCGCCAGCGAGACGAGCGAGGCGCCUACACGAUCCGCGCCGUGACGCCCGAGCUGAUACCCGAGGACACAAUUGCGCAGCCGCAGUACCAGUCCCCGCCGGUAUCGCCGCGCUCCAACAGCAUCUCCUCCCGCACCAGCACCAGCAACCCCCGCAACCUCGUCGCUCGCGCAAACUCAAACGAUACCGACUACGCUCUGCGCAAUGUCAAAGACCCGCAGACCCGCCCGCGCACGCGAACCAUGGAAGAGCGCUCCACGCGAGACAAGUCUCCGCCGAACCUCUUUGUGGCCAGCCGCCAUCGCAUUGGCUCCGUCCACAGCACCGCAUCUUCCAACUUUCAGAGCAUUGAGGAGUCGGUCGUGACUUCCAUCGGCCACCCCUCUACCAUUUCCCCCACCGCCCACCAGCCGCCACCGCGGACAACAAGCUCCACGAGCCGGAGCCGCCUUCUCAAGCAGCCCGCCCGCGCAGCCUCGCCUGUCUCUGGCAAUCUCUCCCCCAAUGCACAGCAGCCGGAUUCGUGGGUGUCGCCGGUGCCGGCGUCGGAUGCUAGGAAGAUCCUCAAGCUGAUGCGUGCCACCAAAGGGAAGAUGCAAGGCAUGCUAGCAUUUCGACGGGGCGAGUCGAGUCCUUGGUCGCUUUCCUACUGCUACAUCAACGACGAAGCCGGAAGUCUGGUGUACGAGCCCAAAAGUGACAACUCGUACCACCGGACCCUCAUUCCAGAUCUGCGGGGCUGUCGCGUGAAGAGCGCAUACGAUGCCGAAGCCUACACCGCCUACAUCCAUGUUGUGGGCCACAACUCGAAGUUGGAAGUGUACCUGCGUCCGCCUACACAAGAAGAGUUUGACUCGUGGUUUGCGGCGUUGAUGUGUUGGCAGCCGAUCCGUCCCAAGGGCAUCCACAACAAAAUGGCCAAGCCGCAGACGCCUUUAGUAGCCGAACGACGCUUGGCGGACAGCAGACGACACUCGGAGGUAUCACUGUUGAAAGAGGCGCCAAUCAUCAAAGUAGGCAAAAUGAUUUAUUGGGACACCAGUGUGACGUACAGCAACACCGGCACGCCAAAAUCUGGACACUCGCGGCCACAGGCGUACCGUAUACAGAGUCACGGGUCGCGACGCUGGCGGCGAGUGUCCUGUACCCUCAGAGAGAACGGCGAGCUCAAACUGUAUUCCGAUACAGAUGUCACACUGGUGUCCGUUGUACAACUAUCCCAGCUUUCGCGUUGCGCCGUUCAGCGUUUGGAUCCGUCUGUUUUGGAUAAUGAGUUUUGCAUCGCCAUUUACCCGCAAUAUACGUCAACGUCAACGUCGCUCUCAUUAUUACGACCAAUCUUUUUAUCGCUCGAAUCGCGCGUACUCUACGAAGUCUGGAUAGUGCUGCUGCGCGCCUUCACCAUUCCGCAGCUCUACGGACCGAAGCAGCCUGCUUUGAGUGAACUGAACGAGGAGGGUGUACUGUCGCCGACAUUCGGAACGAAAGACAUGUUUCGCAUGGAGAGGUCGCUCUUCGUGCGUGUCAUCGAAGCAAGGCUGAUGCCACCCAUCAGCCCUAAAGUUGCCGACAUGCAUAACACUUCCCACAGACCCGGGUCGUCGAACGCUAACAAUGCAGGAGGCUACUAUGUCGAGGUACUCCUGGACGGCGAAACCAGGGCGCGGACCAUGGUAAAGAUGGAGGGUAACACGCCAUUCUGGCGAGAGGAAUUCGAGUUCCUCGACCUUCCUGCUGUUCUGUCCACAGCCUCGCUGCUCUUGAAAAAGCGGCCUCCCAGUUCGCGUGGCGAUAAACAUGGCCACGAACCACCGACAGCUUCAGACUCGUUUGCUUCCGAUGCAGGGGGUGGGUUCACAGGCAUAUCGUUCGAUCAGACGUGUGGCAAGACUGACAUAUACCUGGAUGACCUGGGGCCAAAUCAGGAAAUGGAAAAGUGGUGGCCCCUUGUCAACAUGUAUGGAAAUAGUGUUGGUGAAGUGCUCGUGAAGGUCAGCACGGAGGAGGGUGUGAUUCUUAUGGCUCGCGAUUAUCAACCAAUGUCGGAGCUCUUGCAUCGCUUCUCGAACGGACUUACCCUUCAGCUAGCUCAGAUGGUUCCGAACGAGCUCAAGAAACUAUCCGAGUACCUCUUAAACAUUUUUCAGGUAUCGGGGCAAGCUGGUGAUUGGAUAAUGGCGUUGGUGGAAGAAGAGAUCGACGGCACUCUCAAGGAAUCUCCAGCUACACGAUUGCGAUUCAGCAAACGACUCGGGUCUAGCGAAUCAAGUGAAACGCACUUCGGAUCAAACAGCGAUCGAGAGCUGUUCGUCAGAGACAUGAACAAUAACGCCAAGUUGGAGGCGAAUCUGUUGUUCCGCGGGAACACGUUAUUGACCAAAUCCCUCGAUUUCCACAUGAAACGCCUGGGCAAAGAGUACCUCGAAGAGACAUUGAGCGAUAAGCUGAGAGAAAUCAAUGAGAAGGAUCCAGAGUGCGAGGUCGACCCCAACAAAGUCUCAUCUCAGCAUGAAUUGGACCGCAACUGGCGACGGUUGAUCAACCUCACGGAGGAUUUGUGGCGAGCGAUAUACAAUUCGGUGUCUCGGUGCCCUCAAGAGCUGAGACUAAUCUUCCGACACAUUCGCGCUUGCGCUGAGGACCGCUUUGGGGAUUUUUUGAGGACGGUUAAGUACAGCAGUGUAUCUGGAUUCCUGUUUUUACGAUUCUUUGUGCCCGCCGUCCUCAACCCGAAGCUCUUUGGCUUACUGAAAGAUCAUCCUAAGCCACGAGCUAGAAGAGCCUUGACACUCAUCGCGAAGUCUCUCCAAGGUCUAGCAAACAUGACCUCCUUCGGGACCAAAGAGGCAUGGAUGGAGCCCAUGAACUCAUUCCUUAAUACGCAUCGACAGGAGUUCAAGACGUACCUCGACAACAUAUGUUCUAUAUCUUCGAUGACGUCACCUUCGCCUCCAAUUCCUCCAUCAUACAGCACACCGCUAGCUAUACUCCAACGACUUCCCCCAACAUCUCGCGAGGGCUUCCCGUCGCUGCCUUACCUUGUUGAUCACGCGCGUAACUUUGCUGCCCUUGUGGAUCUCUGGCUCGAAAAUACUAAGAGCACUGCGCCGAACAUUGAAACCACGGAUGGCGACUUGCUCAAAUUUCACCAGAUCUGCGUUGCACUCAAAGAACGCACGUCGGACUGUCUAAACCGCGCUGAACGUGCAGAGCGGCCGUCGUCUUCUCUCAGCGUCAAAUGGGAGGAGUUGGUAGAGCAGCUGCAAGGGUCCGCGAGUUUCGACUCGGGCAGGGGCGCAGCAACCAAGAAUAGAGUAGCGAUCAAAGAUGAUGGCAGAGAGAGCUUACCGACGUCGCCAGGCACUGGUGACGAGCAGACGUCCUCAUCCUCGACCAGCACACCAGUAACGAUGAAGCCGGUACGAAUGCCACGGACGCGUCAUCAGCAGCAUCCAAGCAUCUCAGCGUCCGCAAGCUCUUUGACAAGCACCACCUCGAAUAACGUCAACAACCCGUUCACUGCACCGAAAGUACCUCGGCAUGCUGGCUACGCGCCCUCGUUGCCCGACUCAGUCUCACAAUCGGCAUCGACCAACGCAUCCGCCUCGGCCUCCGCUACCGAAGAAACACCCCCAGGAUCAAGCGAUGGCCUACACAUGGCGCCACCCCCUUCCUACCCACAGACCCGGACCCACCCCUCCGCAUCAGCAGGCUCGUUUGGCUACGCAAACCCGAACGCUCAAAUCAACACUUCCGCCCUCGCCAGCUCAGGCGCCUUCUCCCAACCUCCCCGCAGCGCCGGUGCUGGCGCCCACAGUGUCGAAGGCUCAGAUGCAGGCAGCAUGCUCGAGGAAGAAUACACGACGGCGCUGCCAGCCUUCUCCAAAGACAAAGACGCCAAGGAGAAGAAAGACCGCUCCGGUUUCCGGGGCGUGCUGCCCUUCCAGCGCAAGCGCAAAGACAAGGAAAAAGGCAAAGAAAAAGAUAAGGAACAUAACAGGGACAGGAGUACAGAUCGGAACGAGGGUGCGGGAAGGGGUGGAGGUAGUGCGCUGGGGGAGUAUGCUAGUCACGGGAGUUUGAGGGGCAGAGCUGGAGCCGAGGCUGCGGACUUCUGA